CGAGGCCUGGGGGCGAUGACGUGCCGAUUACCAUCGCUCGACCGCGUGACGAGCCGCGUAGCGCCCCAGGGCAGGACCGGCCGGCCGGGGCGGCGCAGGUGGAAUUCCCAGUGCUGGGCCGGUGGCCCUCUGCCAGAGCUCCGUACCACGGCGGCUGGGGUCGCGUUGGUCAGUGACGGAGCAGAGCUACUGACGACCGGCCGCCAACCGCGACACUUCCCCGGGACACAGUUUGGUCGUCGGCCAGUCUUCGGAGGGGUUUCCAACCGAGGUCGGCCUUCCGUCAAUAAUGUCAGCGCUCAGGUCACCAACGUCAACCAGAACCGUCCGGAUACGCUCAGCUUCAACGGCGGAUUGGCGCUGGCUUCCAGUAACUCGGUCGGCGCUUUUGGCACCAAUAUCGCCGUGAACCACGCUCAGGCAAUCAGUCAGAACAUCGCCAUUCCAGUGCCCCAGGGCUUCAACGCUGUCAGUGGCAACCGCUUCAAUAACCGACAGUUCGGCUAGACGUAGGGUCAGGGGUUUGACCCUGCGAUGGAAGGAUUCUGAUCUUCGCACUGAGGACAGAGUCUGACCUUUGUAGAGGACGGAGACUGACAUUCGUGACAUACGAGGAAGGAGUCUGACCCUUACAAGAGAAGGAGUCUGACCUCUGUUGGGGUUAGACUAUAUGUAGAUCAGAUGGCGGCGCAAGAAAGACUGGCUUUUGUAGGUUUGGCCGGCAUAAGACAAACGCGAGGAGGUGCUUCCUUGAUAAAAAAGAUGAAAGAAAUGUUCAUCAAGGCACACCAUGUGUGCUGAAGAAGGUUUACAGAAAAUACAAUCACACCGAGUCUUGUACGUCAUGUGCGAUGCAAUGAAAAUGUCAAGCACCGACCAUUGUGUUUUACAUAUUUUUGGUACCAUUUAUGCAUUGACAUGACCACAUUCAUUGCGUGCUCGGAAAUGUUUUUAGUAAUAAAGACAGAAGAAAA